GAUUGAAGGAACUGACUCUCAGUGCAAAUUCUGGUAUCACACCCAAGGGAUGGGGACGUCUGGCUAUUGCAGUGGCUCAUAGUUCCCAGGUGCGAGUGUUGAACUUGGACUACAACCCCCUGGGUGACCAGAUAGCAGCAAUGCUGGCUGUUUCAGUGGCAUCCAGCCGCACCUUAGAAGUUUUAGACUUGGAAGGAACAGGACUUACCAACCAGUCAGCUAUGAUCCUACUGGACAUGGUGGAAAACUAUCCAACAGCUCUGAGGACACUGAUCCUGGCAGAGAACAACAUUAGUCCUGAACUACAGCAGCAGAUCUCAGACCUUCUCUCAGAGGGAGAGGAAGAAGAGGAGACUGUGCCCCAUGAAGUGAUGGCCAGAGAGAAGAAUUCCUGGAUCUGUCAAAGCAGUGUAGAGGGAUAUCCCACAUCAUAUACAGUUCAUCUAAGAAACUCAAAUUCCAGUUCCCAGAUGGUCUUGGUAACAUCGGGCCUUGGAGAAAGUCUAUUAGCAGAAACAGAGAUGUGAACAGAAAGUCUGAUGAGAAUAACAUUUCCAUGUACUGUAUUUGGAAAGACCAUAUAUUGGUAGAAAUGUAUAUUUUCACACAUCUUGUGUAAUGUCUACUGUGCUUCUGAAUUUGUGAGUGUAUGCACUAGGCAAAGAUAGGAAAGCUGAUAUGCCCAUGUGCAAGUACUAGGCUGUGUGACUGCAGAUCCAUAUGCUAUGUCUAGCUAAAGUCACCUUUUUUUUUCCUACUCUGGAACCAGACCCAAAUUACUCAGUCCUUGUCAUUUGCUUUUGAUGGUUCAGUUGCUGUAUUUUUAUACUUCACCAUACUUGACUGAUCUUUGGGAGAAGCUGCAUUUAUUCAGAUGUAUAUAUUUAUGUACAAGAGAUACUCUUUUUAUUGCUUGUAUUUAUGCUUGGGUAAAAUUUUAUAAAAUUCACAAACAUGGCAGAGUUUUGGUUGCAAGAUCCACAUAUGGAUGGAAAUGUUAGAAGGGAUGAGAUGUACACUGAAAAUAAUAACAGUUCACCUAAGCAUGGCAUUAGUAAAACACUUUGGCCGCUUGACUCCAUGUAUCUUACUGCCUUAUGAAAAGCUAGAAUCUCCAUAGAGUUAUGCUGUAGGAACUUUUUCAGCCAAGGGCUGAACUGAAUUUCACGUACUUUGCUGUGUAAAGAAACCUUUCUGAAGUCCAUUUUGAUAUACUCUUUCUGUUUCACAAAAUGACAAUAGGACAUUAAAGAUAAAAACUACAGCAACCACAUAAUUGAUCAUGGAAAUAACAACAACAAUAAAUUAAAUGUGGGUGCCACCUGACUCUUAAUGACUCUGGGUGGCUCUUCCAAGAUACCAAAUUGGGGCUGAACAAAACUCCGUAUUUCAUACACAUCACUACCUUGUAUUCCCAUGUAUAAGGCAGCCAUCUUACACAUUAAGUAUUUCCCCCAGUCCCAGGUGUGUAAUGAGCUUAAGGCUGUUACAAAUACUCAUACAUCAGAGAAGAGCUCCAAAUGGAUCUUACUCUCAAAUGAGUUUUCUUAUACAUGCAUAUUUGCCAAUGUACAGUUGACAUUAUUGAAAGACCUACUUCCAGUAGCCUUCUGUUGGUAAGAUAAUCAAAGUGCUUUUCUUUUUCUGAUAGUGGAGUCAAGGUGUCUCUCCCAUUUGCUCCAGAGGCAGGGCAAGGAGAUUCUGACAGUGCUUCCUGCACAAGAAAUGGUUUCAUCCCCAGUUCCAGCCCUCCAUUGCCUCAGAGAGCCAGAUACAUAAUCAGUACAUCUUCAGCAGUUAGACUUUACUUUUUUCCUUCUUUGUUUUAGAUCUUCGCCUUAUAUUAUUUUUCCAUAGCAGCUGAAACGAGGAUGCAUAGCCACCAAAAACAACAGCUUGUUGUCAACAAACACACUGGGCUGCUCGGAUAGCUCAGGCCAAGCAAGACCAGCCCAUAGCAGCGUGAUAUCCGCCCUCACCUCCCUGUCCUGCUCCAAGCAGGGGAACACAGUCAACUCACCAGCUGCUAAGACUGCAGGCCAUCAACACAAGCCUCUCACAACCUCCAGGGAGUUCAUCCUCACUCCGCAUGUAUCACAAGCAUCACAGGGAACAGAAACUGGCAAUGUCAGAUGCCUAAUCCUCCCUGCCCUCCAGAUGGAACAGCAUAUCCCCCUCCCUGAAGGCCAUGUGUCAGAGAUCCCUGGAAUCAAGCAGAAAUUCACCAGUUGGGCAGAGACUUGCUAGACUGAGCCCUCCUAAUCGCCCAUGGAAGUGGAGAAAGAUAGGAAAUUGAUCAUGGUGAUUCACAGCCAGGUUAGCCUGCAGAAGAGGACAGAGACAAGAACUAGACUGACUUUGCAGGGGGAAGAGAAAUGGCACCAUGUGAAGUCACCCUGACCUCUCCCCAUGGCAGAUACACAAUUGGUUGAAGAGGAAGAGGCAGUUCUUCUUAGAACAGAGGACCACCAUUUAUGUAUCAGAUCUAUCAGACUUUUCCAAAAAGCAGGUUUUUCACAACUGCCAAGGAGGUCUGUAAGUCCCUAGACUACAAGAAUCAGAACUGUUUGCUCCUAUGGAUCCCCUGUUGGAUCUGCUGGAAUCAAGUGUUUGCAGUACCAACCACUUUCUUUUGCUUCCCAUUCCCUGAAAUAUAUAAUACUGCAAAGUCCUUAAGACAGAAUGGGGAGUUCCAGAGAUGACAAGGUGGAGCACCUUUCCUUAGCCUAUGGGCUCUAUAACUUCCCAAAGGCAUUCCUGGACCUUCUUAAGACCACUGGCUGAUGUUCCCAUGGCACUUCUGGUCUUGGAAGCUAAAGUGUAUAGAGACGGGGAAGAUGCCCUCAAAAUAUCCAGAGGACACGAGAAUGAAGAUUCUGUAACAUAGAACCCAUGAGUUACAGCCUUAGUCAUAAGAGGCUCCCUUGUCUAGUCCAUUUUCCCUAGAAUUUUGAUCCUAUGGCCAAGAGGAAUGCAUGAACAAACUAGCCAACCUUGCUGUCUUUUGUGGCAGACAUUAACCUAAAUUGCUCAGUUCUCAGCCAAAGACAUGGCUUCUAGUAUGGCCACUAAGUGACAACUAUAGAUAAAGAACUGGAAUGCAGAGAAAUAAAAUCAGUCCUCAUAUUGGGAGUGUCCAAAGAUGGUAAGCUGUUUAGAAAGCCUAUAGCUAAUGUCCGGAGACAAAAAAGAAACUCCUAACCAACAAACUAACAAACCCCUAACCCUAUCCCUAACCAACAAAAAAUACAAAGGCAAAGGAACCAGGACAUUAAGACUACAUCUCCCAUUCCUGCUGUCCCUCCCAUACCCAAAGCAGAUACUCGGAACACAAGGGAUACACAUUACUUGGGGGAGGUGCAGAAACUCCAAAAUGAGUCAUACCAGCCUCAGCUCCAACCAGGGGGAACAUUGUCCCCCACCAGCAAAAGGGGGAAGUAAGCACCAACAACUGCACUGCCACCACAUAGGUGGAGUCUAACAGAAUUUGCCUUCCUGUGGGCCCUAAAGACCUUAUAACUGGAUUCAUCACAGAAUUCACCAGGCCCUCCCAAGGUUACUACACCCCAUCCCUGAGGUCAUGCAGUGAUUAAAUGCAGUCUGGUCCUGAAAGCCAUAAAUCAUUGUCUAAGCAUAUAGGUAAUCUAGGGGUGUAUGAGAAAUCCUCUGACUCCUAUUCCACUUUAUCCAUGGUUCCCAAGAACAAAGAAUGCCAUGCCACCCUGAACCAGAAGUGAAUGAAUCACAAGUUCCAAACAGAAACCCAGUCAUCAUGGAGCACCUCCACUGAUCUCCUGGUUAUCUUUCUACACAACCCAAUCUUCCCAUCCCACAGGAAGUUCCUGAGAUUUGAAAACCAAGGCACUCGCUGCUUGUUCAAAAUGCUUCCUUUGGGCCUGUCAUUGACUCACAGAGUAUCUAUGAAGGUGGUGGUGACUGUCAUAGCAUGCUUCACAUACUUUCCAUACCUAGAGAAUAUGCUAAUCCAAUCCUUAGGUCAAUUAGGAAAAAAAGUUAUCUGGAUCAUGAUGCAGAUCCUUGAGGACCUGGUCUUUUUAAUGAACAAAAAGUAUCUGUCAAUCAGCACACAACCUACAGCACUUGGGCACAAUUUUGGACACCAAAAAAGCCCUGAUAUCCUUGCCAAAGCAGACUCCCCUCCUCCCUUUUUCACUAAUCCUCAGGCUCCUAAGACUAGUGCAAGAGCAGAGAGUAGAGCUAAUACCAACAGUUCCCUGUUUGCCCAAGAGGCCUAAUACUUGGAUUUAGUUAAUGUAUGGCCAUCCUGAUCAUGAAGCUUCCCACUACCACAAAACCUGCUGAGUCAAUAGGAAUUUAACCCUGCUGGCUUCAGCUGUUACAACCACACACCUGGAAAUUGAAGGGGGUCAUCUUGCCAGCCUAGGAUACAGCAGCAAAACUAUACCAAGCAUUGUACCAUGCCAAAGAGACCAAAUCACUCACAUGUAAAAAUUCACAUGGUGAGCCUUCUGCAGAUAGGCCAAAAGGAAGGGAACUUCACUGAUACCAUCCUCCACUCCUGUAUAGUCUUCCUAUACAGAGUUUUCAGCCAAGGAAUUCUGCAUCAUCCAGCCAGAGGCCAUUGCUGUGCACUUAGGUCCAACAUUUAUGUGAAAGGCCAAUUCAGUCUUCCACCAGGCCUUCCUAUUUUCUACUCCAGCCCAAAAUAUAAUUAGAAAGGAGUGGCACAAAUGAUAGGUCAGAUGGACUAUCAAGAUCUACUGUACAUGAAAAUAACAGAAUUUAUAAUCUCUAAGAGUUUCUUAUUAGUCUUUCAAUAGCUGCACCAACCAAGAUCUCCAGGUGGAUGAAAGCUGGCUUUCAGACUAGCCUACAAGGCUCACAAUAAGCCUAUCUUAAUAGGAAUUCAGGGCCACUUCACCAAAAGUACAGCAGUCUCAGCUUCCUUCAAAACUAUGGGUCCCUUGAGACACAUCUGUAGAGCUGCCACAGAGUUCUCUGUGUCCUCCUUUAUAAAACACUGUAAGCAUAACUCUUACACAGAUUGGGUGAAGCAUUCUUUAGCAGAACACUACAGAAAGUAGUUUCUAGCAAGGGCUAGAAGCUGUCCAGAUGUAAAAUCCCACUCUCAGGAACAGCUCUGGUAUGUCACACUAUAAAAUGCCCAGCUCUGCUGAAGACAACCAGUACAUUUGACUUACAUGAAGCUCUUUUUUCUACAGCAGAGACAGGGCAUCCAGCCCACCUAGGCAUUGAUAGAUAGAUAGAUAGAUAGAUA